AUGACAUCCCAAUGCACAGAGCAAGCCGUGCGGGAUUACCUAAAGGACCAUGGAGGGAGGGUCCAACUGAUGGAGCUGAUCGAUCAUUUCCUAUCAGAUUGCGCGGAGAAUGAGUCACAAGAAGCUGAGGAGAGGCGAAAGAUGGUGAGGAGGAUCGUGGACACCGUGGGGUCCGUGAAAGUCGAAGAUGGGGAAAAAAUUGUCUGUUUAAACAGCGAAAACAGCGACGAGGAGGUGAUGCGUUCAGGCUCGGCUGUGCACGGCCAGCCUCAUUCAGAAUGCAAUGGGAACAUUCACUUUGUCAAUGGCAACCCCGACAACAAACAGCAAACAGAAGCAUUAAGUCCACCUGCAGAUGCUCUUGACAACGCCAAAGAAUCCAAUGGCAACAAGCAACCUGCUACUCUGCCCCAAACCCAAAACCACAGACAUGGCACCCCUACCUCUGGGGGCGGGGCUGGAGAGGUAAGGUUGAGAGACAGGAGGAGGCGAGAGUCUGCACCUGUCAUCGGAGCAUCUGAGCUGGAGCAGGUGCAUGCGGCAGGUUCCCACAGUCAGCAGCUGAGGGCCCUGCGCAGAGUGUCCAAAGGCUCCCAGCGCGCCAUCCUCACCAGCUGUUUAUCUGAGGACAGCACUCUGGAGGGCCUGGAGACCAUUGGGGACAUACACACGCCAAAAGGGAGUCGCAGGAACUUUAUAGAGCUCAUGAUGAACAGCUCUCCACAGGUGCGCAGGUCUCUUAUAAAUCGUGGCUCUCGUCUUCGUGACUCAGUGCGAAGUGAUGGUGACUCCACGUCUAUUCUCUCCUCAAACACAGAUGAAGACUGUGCCUCAGUGACCCUUGACCCCCUGGAGCAUGAGUGGAUGCUGUGUGCGUCUGAUGGUCUAUGGGAGAGUCUACAGCCACUGCUAGCUGUGGAGCCCAGUUUAGUGGCCAAGAAGGACUUUGUGACAGGCUUCACCUGUCUGCACUGGGCGGCUAAACAGGGCAAGGAUGAGCUAAUAUCGCAGUUGCUAACCUUCGCUAAAGACAACAGUGUUUCAGUGAAUGUGAAUGUGAGAUCAAGUGCUGGAUACACUCCUCUGCACCUGGCAGCUAUGCACGGACACGUACAGGCUGUUCGUGUGUUGCUGUCGGACUGGGAGGCAGAUCCUGAUGUGCGAGACUACAGCGGGAGGCGGGCCAUCCAGUACCUUCCCCCUCCGCUGGUCGCUGGUCUACACGAGGAGGGCGUGGUCACUUCACCUGGCACAGAGUCAGACAGCGAAAACAGCAGCAGCACUGGGGGGCGCUGGCGUUUUCCCAGAGUUCUCCAGGGCAACCUCAAUCCACUACGUCUCCUGAACCCACCAGCAGAGGCAGCAGAGGAUGGGACAGGGAAGAGUAAGGGAGGGAUACAAAGGAAAUCAUCUCUGAGCCGAUUAAAUGCUCGUCUGCAUAGGGGGCGACAUAGAGCACAAAUCAUACACAGUGCCUCCUUCAGGGACUCUGGAGAUGUGGGAAAAGGGGAAGAUCUGCCAAAAAGUCCACUACGAACUCGACCAUUGUCAAAUCUGUUUGGGUAA